AGAGUAUUAGGGCCACUAAAAAAAUAAAAUAAAAUUCUGACUUUAAUCUCAGAAUUCUGACUUUAAUCUCAGAAUUCUGACUUUACUCUCAGAAUUCUGACUUUAAUCUCAGAAUUUUGACUUUAAUGCAGGUGAGCACCUGGAAGCAUCUGGGUGCAACCAGCUUCAUCGCCUGAGAUGUGAGUCGUGCAGGGGAACGUCCAGCAAUCUUGGGAAACAUGUCAGAUUUAAGUGACUUUUUACGUGGCCGAGGGCUUCCUGAAGAUGCCAUUUCAUUAUUGGAAGAGCAGAAGAUUGAUUGGGAUGUCAUAGCGCUGAUGGAUGACGCAACUCUGGCAAAUUACAUCCCUUCCUAUGGAGACCGAAUUGCCCUCUUCAAUUUCUGCAAAAGCAAACAACCACUCUCAAAAAGAAAACAGGGUCUUCUGCAGAAGCUUCGUGAGAAAAUGAAAACCAAAAAGGAAAGUCCAAAGGACAACACCUCUCAAGAAAGAACAAGACAGACAAAGAAGCAAAAAGCAACACGAAAUAUUGAGAUAGGAUGGAUACAUACUGAUGGAAAAAUAACCAAACAGGUGAGAGCGAAACAGGGAGGUGGGACUAGAAAAAUUCAAAUGGCCACCGAUUCUGAAUUAAAAGAUAUUCUUCAUGAAGGAAAGAAACUUUUUUUUCCUGAUGGCAUGUCUCCUAAGGGUCCUGAGACAGAUUUUGAGUUUGAGGUUUGGGACUUUAAACAGAACCACCUUACUGAUGACACCUGCCUGACGAUUGGCAAUAUGUAUGAAGCAGCGAGGCUGACAAUGUUACGCUUCUACAUUGCAACAAAGCCAAAAGUUCCUGAAGAAGAUGACAGCGAGACAUCCGAAGUCAUAUUUGUCUUGGAAAGCAGUAGCAGUGAAAUUAAUCCAUUGCAAACGUGGUAAGUCAGGAGUUCUUCUGUUGAUGCCCACCCUGGUUUAGAACCUUCAGAUGAUUCAGAAAUUACUUUUGGUCCCAUUCUUAAUGCUGAGGAAGAUACAGAAGACACAUUAAUCUAUGAGGGUUUUCUUGUACCCCUCAGUCCAGCUAAUCCAGAUGAUGCAAUAACAAUCACUGUACAUCAUACUAACACUUUACAUGACAUUAUUACUGCUUUCUCUGAUUCAGAUAUUAUGAGAAAAACACUGAAUGUGAAGCGCAUACUUCCAGACAACACAGAAGAAGCAGGCAGUGGCUCAGGGAUACUAAGAGAUGUUCUCACCUGCUUCUGGAAUGAAUUCUAUGAGCGAUGCACCCUCGGUACAACAGUUAAAGUGCCCUUCAUUCGCCAUGAUUUUCCUGCUGAAAAAUGGAAGGCAGUUGGACGAAUACUUUUGAAAGGUUACCAAGACUGUCAGUAUUUUCCAAAUAAACUUGCAAUCCCUUUUCUUGAACAAGUGCUUUUCAGUAGCGUUUACAGCGAUCUUAAAGCACAUUUUCUACAGUUUGUCAGCAGCCAAGAAUGUGAGGUUUUGAGGGAAGCAGUCAAGAAUUUUUCUGCUGUUGACCAAGAUGAUCUUGUGGAGGUUCUUGACAGUUAUGGCUGUAGAAAAAGAAUAACUGCCGAGUCUCUUCCUACAAUCCUUGAUGAAAUAGCACACAAAGAGCUUGUCCAAAAACCAAUGUUCGUCAUUGACUGCUGGAGAGAGAUCAUCUAUCCACAUAUUUCCCUCAGUCCAGAGGCACUGAUCAAGUUGUUCUCAGACCUGCA